AUGGAUAUUGAAGUCUCGAGCUUUUUUGCACAAGGUGAAGGUCUCGUAGACCUUUUGGACAGCAGCAGCAGUCGAAAUCGAGGAUUUUAUCCACUGGCUGAUCGUCAUUCCAUGGGUUUUUCAUCCAUUCAGGAAGAACUCUCUCACCCAAGUGGGUUUUUUCAUGAACCUCUUCAACAGCAUAACCACAUGGACAUGGAGGACGAGCCGGAAGCCGAAAUUGAACCAGACGUUGAACCAAUUGUCACAACGACCCCUCAUAAUGUCGGGCAAGUUGUUGAUCGACUGUUUGAAAUUCAUUCGGCACUCAAGAGUCGUCAUUUGGGACAACGAACAGCUGCAUCAGCUUUAGCGGCCAGUAAAUUGGUCAGUACAGUAACGUACCCAAUCGUCGACCCGCUUCCACGAGAUGAAGAAUUGGAAGCAUUGGAAAAUACCCGGAAAAUGCUCGAGUGUGCAAUUUGUCAAGAAGUUUUUACUCAUGCAACGGAAGCCACAUGUUGUGGACAGAUUUUUUGCAAAGAUUGCAUUGAACGAUGGGUCAGUGAGAGAGGUUCGUGUCCCAUGUGUCGAGAAACCAUUGGGUUUUCGCUCUUGGCAGCAUCCCGACAUGCACAGAGGAUGGCGAAUGAAAUGAAGGUGAGUUGUCUUUACUGCUCGGAAAACAUGAAGAAAGCUAGUUUAGGCCAUCAUAUGAGUGUCUGUGACCAAGCUCCCGUGGAACCUCCUCCACCAGCAGAUGUAGCGCUCCGUCAGCUCCUGAUUUCUACGGCAAGACUUAAUACCGCUUUUUUGGCGAGGUUUCUAAUGGCUUCGUCGCCUCCACAAGCUCUGAUGAUGCAGUGCUAUAUUCGUACACGCGGUGGAGGCUCAUACGAACUGUAUACACAGGACACGGACACGCUAUUGUGCACGGCAGUCCGUCGACGGCAGUACGACAUGUCGGUGAGUUUUAUCAUCUCAUUGGCGACGAAUUUGUGCUCGGCAGGCAACCAGAUGGAUACAGUCGGUGCUUAUUCAAUGAAUGCAGCGGUACCGGUAGCAAGACUAGACAAGAAUUACAUGGGCUCCCAGUACACAAUGUAUGACACGACAGGUGAAGUUCCACUCGAACUGGGCGCUGUGCAGUAUGCAGCCACGUUUGGCAAGUCACCGCGUCAGAUGCGCGUUGCGCUGCCACUUGUGGGAGCUGUUCCUGGUGUCGACAGUGCUGUCGAUGGCGCUCCGUCAUGGGCAGUGCAGCCGUGGAGCCCCGAGACCAAGGAGGACACAAUUCUCUCACAGGUAGAUAACCCAGACACUACUCGCGCAUUGCACCUGAUUAACAAACCGCCUGUGUGGAUUGAAUCGCUCGAGGCCUAUUGCCUGGACUUUGGCGGUCGUGUAGCAGCUGCCUCUGUCAAGAAUUUUCUGCUUUCGCACCCGGACGAUAUGGAAAAAACACUUAUGCUUUUCGGCCGUACACAAGACCGCCAAGUGUAUUCAAUGGACUAUGCCCACCCAUUCACUCCAGUGCAAGCCUUUGCCAUUGCUCUGAGCAGCAUGGACUCGCACCUCGUGACCUUUGAUUAG